CAACAUGAAACAAUUGAAAUACCUGCUAUUGCUGCUGGCCAUCGGACUGCCUGUUAGUUUGGCCAACAAGUCGACUGAGGCGUCAACUAGGCAGCCGAGCAAAUGGUUGCUAACCGGCUCCAACAAUCCGCACUGCGAGCCACUGUUGUGCCCCAAGGGCAAGCGACAUGUGGCCUGUGAGAAAUACCCGAAUGAAUUUCAUAAAUCCUGCACACCGGAACAGACACGUCUGGCAAAUCUGACAGAGUUCGCAGACAAGAUCCUGAAGGCGCAUAAUGAGCGUCGCAAUCGUGUCGCUAAUGGCAAGAACACCUCAUUGCCCCGUGCGGCACGCCUCGUGGCAAUGCGCUGGAGCGAGGAACUGGCCAUGUUGGCCAGCUAUAAUGUGCGGGUGUGUCAGGCGAAGCACGACGAUUGUCGCAACACGCACAACUUUACACAAUCGGGUCAGAAUAUUAUUGUCUUUAACAUGACGAGACAUAUAGACGACGAGAUGCUGACCAAGUUGCUGCCGGAACUGAUUGCGAUUGGUGUGCGCACGUGGUGGAGUGAACACAAUAAUAUGAGCAUGUCCUACUUGGAGGCAUAUCCGUGCGACAAAAAGAAGCAGCAAAUCUAUCGGCACUUUGCGGUCAUGGCCUUGGAGAGUAACUCGCAUGUGGGAUGUGCUGCCGUGCGUUACAUAACAAAGGGAAUCACGUUCCUCAAGAUAACCUGCAACUAUGCCAAGGACUUUGUGUGCGAACAGCCGAUCUAUCAUUUGCGCGCUGUGAACUGCGCAACCGGUCCGAACCGGAAGUACAAGGCACUCUGCUCCGUACGGGAAACAUUUGAUUAGUGCAGAGAAGGGUCUAGUCGCUAGUCGUCGUGUCGGCUGGCAUGCGGCCACAAAAUUAUGCACCAAAAAUACAUCGUUAGCAUUGUAAAAAUCAA